GUCCAUUUUCUCUUUAUCCUUUUCACUUUAGUUAUCUGCUUAUUAUUUCCAUCUCAUUUUCUGCUUACAUCCAAGCCAUUUUAGAGCAUGUUUGGUGCUGAGGGCAAUUCCUCUUCUUUAAAGGGCCUCACUUUUGACCAGAUCAUUCGCAAGGUCUACCCGCCCGGUCCAAUCUACAAUACGCAUUCUGAGAAGCUCAACACCAAGUCCGAGCAGCGCAUCCGCCACACCAGCGGUGCCCUCCGCUCCAAGCCUGGCUGGAUCACCAAGAUGACUGACGCAACCAUCCGCAGCCGCUGGGCUGCUGAGGCGUAUGCCCAGGGACUCACCGAAAAGGAAGUCGACUACGUUUUUGCCGAACUGGCAUACUACGCCUCCCUCCACGUGCCCGACUCUGGAAUAUUCCUGAGCGCUGUUGAGCAAGUGUGGAUUUCGGACACCUUGAUUGACGAUGAGACAGAGCAGGGGCUCAGAAAGUGGGUUGCAGUUCUGGAGAGCGGGCCCGAGGACUGGCAUCCCGGGAGUGAGGGCGUGGUGCGCAACCUCAUUCAUCCGUCGCUAUUUCCGCUGAUAUACGGGCGAUCAAGCUUUGUGGAUAAGAAGAUUGAGUCGCCUGUGGCAGCGCUGCAUGUAAAAUCAUUUGGCAGAUAUCCAAAGGAUAUCAAGGAAUGGGAAGUGGAGGUCAAUCGCACGUAUAAGGAAAAUGCGUCGGAUGUAGAUAGCGGUGAAGACACUUUUUAUCUGCCUCCUCUUUCAAUAUUUGCUUCGUCGAAAAGGUUUUGCUGGCUGCCGUCCGAGUUCCAGGUCCACCAGGACGGCCAUGUCACCGUGGAAUCCUACAUCAACAACCUGCAUCCGCUAAAGUACGCUGAGUUCUACCCUGUUAUUGGCAACAUUUUCUCAAAGUUUGUUCCUGUUCUCGAACAAGUUGUUACCGACUUGGCACACCGCCGCGAGCAGCGCGUUGUUCCGGCUCCAUACGCCUGGUUUGAUGAUUCCGAUGAGCCCAAGGACUACGAUGCAGAGGAUUAUGAUGAGAAAUACGAUUUGUGGCAGGAGACCAGGCCUUUUAUUGAGCCGCAGCCCGAGCCAUUCCAGUGGCCUGAUCGUCCUGCUGUGCCUUAUAGUCUGAAAGGCAGGCGGCUUCAGGCUAUCGUCAAGAUGUCCAACAUCAUUCUGACUCCUGAGAACCCCGUCUACGAGGGCGGCGCGUGGCAUGUCGAGGCACUGGCUAACGAGCGCAUUAUCGCUACGGGUCUGUACUACUACGACGUGGACAACAUUACCGAGAGCAAUUUGGCGUUCCGCGAAAUGGUUGACGAGGAGCUUGAUUAUGAACAAGGCGACGAGCGAGGACUUAACCUGGCCUAUGGCAUAUAUGAAAACGUUGAUGAUACCAACGAUAUCCAUGUCUCCUUGAUUCAGGAAAUCGGUUGCGUGGAGGCAAAGAGGGGCAGAUGCGUGGUGUUUCCCAACAUGUACCAGCAUCGCGUCGAGGGAUUCCAGCUCAAGGAUCCCAAGAGAAGUGGGUGUCGCAAGAUAUUUGCUUUUUUCUUUAUUGAUCCGACCACAAGAAUUCCUUCAACCGAGAUUGUCCCGCCGCAGCAGCAAGAGUGGUGGAAAGAGGAGGUCAUGAGCAUUGGCCCUUUGCACGGGUUGCCCUUGCUGGUUAAGGACGAAAUACUGAAAAAUGUGGAUUUUCCCAUCUCAUUGGAUGAGGCAAAGAAACAGAGACUCGAGUUGAUGGAGGAGAGAA